AUGGCACUGUCCAUGGAGCAGCAAAUAGAGCUGGUGAACCAGCUUCAGCAAGCUGUUGUAGCGUGCAACGAACGGUCUCUGUACUUCGCUGCUAAAUGGGCUGCAGAGCUGCUCAAUUCUUUCACCACCACCAACAACAGUGGCGCUGAUGGCGACGGCGAUACCGAUGUGGGCGAGCCCGAGACUGCCUUGAGAAGUUACCAUGUCAACCACGAUCCAAAGGAAGCCAAGCUGGAGGCUGCGGAGCUACCACGACAUAUGAUGGCCAAAUCCUUUCUCGACUGUCGAGAAUUUGAUCGCUGUGCUGCCGUUUUUCUGCCUUCUCAGGUACCACACAGCACGCCAGCAGCACAACUCCCGUCGCCAUCAAAGCUCGGACAGUCCACAUCGAGUAAUCAUUUCGACGCCCAUGACUUAGUUAAACCUGGUUUUGGCUCUAAAGGCAAAUCAGCAGCAACAGCGACGCCGGUAAUUCAGCCGCAAGCGACUCAUUUAUCGAAGAACAAAAGUCAGAAAGCUUUGUUCCUCUCGCUCUAUGCUCGCUAUCUCGCUGGCGAGAAGCGCAAGAACGAAGACUCUGAGACCGUACUUGGUCCGGCUGACGGCGCCGCCACGAUGAACAAAGAAGUUCCGGGACUUCUCGCGACGCUGGAACGGUGGUUCACCGCUAGGGGCGGGCUCCAGGACCUUACCAGCUCGCAAGGCUGGCUCGACUAUUUGUAUGGCAUGGUGCUAUCAAAGUCCAAGUCUGAAGCGCUUGCCAAACAAUGGCUGCUGCGAAGCGUGAACCUCCAACCCUACAACUGGUCGGCAUGGCUAGAGCUGGCCUCGCUGCUUGGCUCGCCCGAAGACAUGCAGCAGAUCAGUGAGCAUCUUCCACGCAAUAUCAUGUCUCUGAUCUUCCACGUGUACUGCAGUCAAGAGCUGUAUCAGCAAACUGUGGACAUCUUCGACACCCUGGCGCAGCUGCAAAGCAUCUUUCCUCGCUCAGCCUUUCUCUUACAGCAGAAGGCUUUACUGCACUAUCACGCUCGGGACCAUGAGCUCGCCAUGCAAACGUUCGACAGCUUGCUAAGGGAGCACCCUCAGCGCCUCGAUGGCAUGGAGACCUACAGUAAUCUACUCUACGUUUUGCCAAAUCGCCCGAAGCUCGCUACGCUAGCGAGCAUGGCCAGCGAUACGGACAGAUUUCGUCCUGAGACGAACUGCAUUUUAGGCAACUAUUACAGCCUCAUCUCAGAGCACGAGAAGGCAGUCCUUCACUUUCGCCGAGCACUAACACUGAAUCGUAACUUUCAAGCUGCAUGGACGCUCAUGGGCCAUGAGUACAUCGAGCUUAAGAAUACACAAGCAGCCAUCGAGUCUUAUCGACGAGCUGUGGACUCGAACCGCAAGGACUACCGUGCCUGGUACGGCCUCGGCCAGGGCUACGAAAUGCUCGAGUGUCACAGCUACAGCUUGUUCUACUAUCAGCGCGCUGCGGCGCUCUGUUCGGCGGAUCCGAAGAUGUGGGCUGCGGUCGGCAAUGCAUAUGCCAAGUGCAAUAAGACCACCAACGCCAUCCAAGCGUACAAGCGAGCACUUGUUGUCGGCAGCCAGAUUGACGCCGGCUCCAGCUUCGGCAGCGGCAACAGCGACCCGCUAGCUCAUGCCGUAGGUGGGGCGCUGGACCCGCAAAUAUUGUACGACAUAGCGUUGCUAUACCAAGGGCAUGAUCCGGAGGAAGCCGCGGCGUACAUGGAGCUUGCGCUCGCUCAGGAAGAAGGUGCGGAAGAGGGUGAAGAAGGCUUGGGCGUGACGCAAGUUACCUGCAAGGCUAGAUUGUGGCUUGCCAGGUAUAUGUACGGUAAGAGCGAGUGGCAGCGGACUAUGGAGCUGGCCAACGAGCUUUGUCAAGAUGGAUGGGAGGUGGAAGAGGCGAAGGCGUUGGUGAAGGACGUCAGGGCGAGGCUCAGCUUGGCUGAAGAGGGUGAAGAGGGUGAAGAGGGUGAAGAGGGUGAGGAGGGCGGCUCCUAA